CACGUGUGCGUUUCUAUUCCACAUGGCGGUACUCCUGAAGAGGCUGCUGCAGUCGGUGAGGCCCCCAGCGGCCUUGGGCCGGCCCAUGGGACCGCGCGAGGCCAGCCUGGGCACUGAUCCCGGGGCUGCGGUGCGAGUGCGGUUCGCCCCCAGUCCCACAGGCUUCUUGCACCUGGGCGGCCUCCGCACUGCCUUGUACAACUAUAUCUUUGCCAAGAAGCACCAGGGGAGCUUCAUCCUCAGGCUGGAGGACACAGAUCAGACCCGCCUUGUGCCUGGGGCAGCGGAGAAUAUUGAAGACAUGCUGGAGUGGGCAGGCAUCCCGCCUGACGAGAGCCCCCGCCGGGGAGGUCCUGCCGGGCCCUACCAGCAAUCCCAGCGGCUCGAGCUGUACGCCCAGGCCACGGAAGCGCUGCUGGAGUCUGGCGCCGCUUACCCCUGCUUCUGCUCACCGCAGCGGCUGGAGCUCCUGAAGAAGGAGGCCCUGAGGAACCAUCAGACGCCCCGGUAUGACAAUCGGUGCCGGAACCUGAGCCAGGGGCAGGUGGCCCAGAAGCUAGCCCAAGGCCCCAAACCUGCGAUCCGCUUCCGCCUGGAGGGGGAAGCGCCAGCCUUCCAGGACCUGGUGUACGGCUGGAAUCGGCAUGAGGUGGCGCAUGUGGAGGGGGACCCGGUCAUCCUGAAGAGCGAUGGCUUCCCCACAUACCACCUGGCCUGCGUGGUGGACGACCACCACAUGGGCAUCAGCCACGUGCUGCGUGGCUCCGAGUGGCUGGUCUCCACCUCCAAGCAUCUGCUCCUCUACCAGGCUCUGGGCUGGCAGCCACCUCGCUUUGCCCACCUGCCCCUGCUCCUCAACAGGGAUGGCAGCAAGUUGUCCAAGAGGCAAGGGGACAUUUUCGUGGAGCAUUUUGUGGCUGCUGACUUCCUGCCGGAUGCCUUGCUUGAUAUCAUCACCAACUGUGGCUCAGGGUUUGCAGAGAACCAGAUGGGCAGGACCUUGCCAGAAUUGAUAACACAGUUUGACCUGACCCGGAUCACCUGCCACUCAGCCCUGUUGGACCUGGAGAAGCUCCCAGAAUUCAACAGGCUGCACCUCUGUCGGCUGGUGAGCAACGAGACCCAGAGGUGCCAGCUGGUGGGGAAGCUGCAAGCCCUGGUGGAGGAGACGUUCGGGAGCCAGCUGCAAGACAGGGAGGUCCUGGACCCGGCCUACGUGGAGAGGAUCAUCCUGCUGAGACAGGGUCACAUUUGCCGUCUGCAGGAUCUGGUCUCCCCGGCACACUCCUACCUGUGGACUCGGCCUGCUGUGGGCCUAGUGCAACUGGGCACCAUUUCGGAGAAAGUGGACGUGAUUGCCAAACGCGUGCUGGGGCUUUUGGAAGGACCUGGUACGAGCUUAACUCAGGACAUGCUGAAUAGCGAACUGAGGAAGGUAUCCGAAGGCCUGGAAGGGACCAAACACAGUACUGUGAUGCGGCUCCUCCGAGUGGCCCUCAGUGGACAGCUGAUAAAGCCACAGACCCAAGCGUGUCAGAACAGGAUUGGUCCGCUAUCCAGAAUUUCUGUGACCAGCCCAACCCACGCGCCCUGGCUACUGGCCCACAAGAUCCAGUCUCCACAAGAGAAAGAAGCUCUUUAUGCCUUAACGGUGCUGGAGAUGUGCGUGAACCACUGUGGGGAGAAGUUCCACAAUGAGGUGGCCAAAUUCCGCUUCCUGAAUGAGCUGAUCAAAGUGUUGUCCCCGAAGUACCUAGGGUCCUGGACCACAGAAAAAGUUAAAGGAAGAGUCAUCGAAAUACUCUUUAGUUGGACUGUCUGGUUUCCAGAGGAUAUCAAGAUCCGAGACGCUUACCAGAUGCUGAAGAAACAAGGAAUCGUAAAGCAAGACCCUAAACUACCAAUGGAUAAAAUUUUGCCUCCACCUUCUCCCUGGCCCAAGAGCUCUAUCUUCGAUGCCGAUGAAGAAAAGUCCAAGCUUCUGACGAGGCUUCUGAAGAGCAACCACCCGGAGGAUCUUCAGGCUGCAAACAGGCUGAUCAAGAACUUGGUCAAGGAGGAACAAGAGAAAUCUGAGAAGGUGUCCAAGAGAGUCAGUGCCGUGGAGGAGGUACGGAGCCAUGUGAAGGUGCUGCAGGAAAUGCUGAGCAUGUACCGCAGGCCGGGGCAGGCCCCACCAGACCAGGAGGCUUUGCAGGUGGUGUAUGAGCGCUGCGAGAAGCUGCGGCCCACCCUGUUCCGGCUGGCGAGUGAUACCACGGACGACGACGAUGCGCUCGCGGAGAUUCUCCAGGCAAAUGACCUCCUCACCCAGGGAGUUCUGCUGUACAAACAGGUGAUGGAGGGCCGAGUCAUCUUUGGGAACACAGUGACCAGCUCAGUGGGAGACCUACCUGUCUCCAGAGUCUUUCAGAAACCAGCAGGUUGCAUGAAGAGCUGUCCUCUGAUUGACUUGGAGGUGGACAAUGAAUCUGAGCAGGCCAGGACUGUGGCACCGUCUUUGCUUCACCAGGACCUGGCAGCCUUAGGCCUCAGUGAUGCUCCGGUUACCCACAAGGUUGCUGGUCAGAAUUGCUGUAAGGAAAAGAGGAAUCCCCCCGCCAGCAUGCAGCCAGGUGGUGGUGUUCAGAGCCCUUCUGCAGAAAGGAACUUGCUGGAUCUCCUCUCCCCACAGCCGUGUCCAGGACCUCUAAAUUAUGUUCCACAGAAGAGCAUCCCUAAGGAAGUGCCCCCCGGCACUAAGUCCUCUCCAGGUUGGUCCUGGGAAGCUGGGCCAUUGGCUUCUUCCCCAUCCUCCCAGAAUACACCUCUGGCUCAAGUAUUUGUCCCUUUGGAGUCUGUUAAGCCCAGCAGCCUGCCGCCUCUUAUUGUGUAUGACCGGAAUGGAUUCCAAAUUCUGCUCCACUUUUCUCAGACGGGGGCCCCUGGCCAUCCGGAGGUGCAGGUGUUGCUGUUGACCAUGAUGAGCACUGCCACCCAGCCUGUCUGGGACAUCAUGUUUCAAGUGGCUGUGCCCAAGUCCAUGAGAGUGAAGCUGCAGCCGGCAUCCAGCUCCAAGCUCCCUGCGUUCAGUCCGUUGACACCUCCAGCUGUGAUCUCUCAGAUGCUGUUGCUUGACAAUCCACACAAAGAGCCCAUCCGGUUACGGUAUAAGCUGACAUUCAACCAGGGUGGACAGCCUUUCAGCGAAGUAGGAGAAGUGAAAGACUUUCCAGAUCUGGCGAUCUUGGGUGCAGCCUAACUUUUCACAAGACAGACCCUGCCAUUCGAGCUUAGGCCAGUGUGAAUUUUGCUGUCUAGAUAGGACUAAUCAUGGUGAUUUAGUGCGGGGUGCCAAGAGUUCUAUCCUGAUGUCAGGCUCUGGAUCCCAACCUCUGACUCAUUCUGCAGAUACUAUUUGUGUGUGUGUGUGUGUGUGUGUGUGUUGUGGGGGGUUGUGGGGGAGGGUAGAGCAGGGCUUGGGAUGUGGACAGUGUGGGAAAUGCUAAAGCAUUUCUGACAACCAUCUGCUACAAUCAUCUGUUUCUGCAUGUUGGUGGACACGGAUGUCCCCGCCUCAGGUUGGAGGUUUUAUAAGCCAAAGUUGUGUUGUUAUGUUUUUUCCAUGUAUUGUUAUCUUUUCAUUCAUCCACUCUGUGCCUUGUCAGCCUUUGAAAGUCUUGGCUGCUCCCAGGCUGCUGUUCUCAGGGACCUUAAAAGGGACCUGGUUGGUCUUGGGGCAGAGAGUAUCUUCUGGGGCACUCUCUUCCAAGAAAGACCUUGUCUCCAUUUCCAUUAGAGAAUGCUGCUUGCAUGUGUUUGAGAAGAUCUUCUAAAUGGAAUGCUUGUUGCACUGUUUGCCAGGCGAGGGGCUGCCACUAGACCAGAGGACCACACUGGGUGGGCCAAUCAUGUCCUUCACCACCGUGCCUUAGAAUCACCCAGAGAGGACCUUCCAGGGCAGAGGGGAAAGCAGAUCCCAGGCCUCAUGCAGGCCUCAGGUUCUGUGGGUGGGGCAGCCUGUCUGGGCCCUUCCUCAGGACCCUCCUCUCUAUUCUCAUCCUCCUCCUCCACGAGCGUCUACUCUCCGAGCUCUUCAGUGGUGACGCCAUGCCAGUCAUUGUCAGUCAUAACUAACAGGCUCACCCUUGCCUGUCAACUUCACUGUCCAACAUGAAGAACUGUGACACAAAUAGGUAUGAAAAGAGCUUAGCAGUGAUUUCAGUGGUGACUGAAUAUAGAAAGUCCUUGAAUAAAUACCCGUGUAGCAAAUAUGCUUUGUGGAGUCUUGAGUAAGUAGGAGAUGCAGAGCCUGUUGCAUUUAGAGGCGCUAAGCCUCCAGGGCCCUGUUGCCUGUUGAGGAAAUAGGAAGACUUCUUGCUGUGGAACCUGAAGAGCGGCUUCAGUGAAGGGAUAGGCCCUGCGGGUCCGAACAAAGCUGGAAGAGAGAGGUGGAUUUUUGUUACAUAUAUGGUGUGAAGGGAAAAUGCCGGUUCAUCACCUGUUCUUAGCACCUGCCGUGUGCUAGGUGUCUUCUGCUGUCCUGCUUUGCUGGUCAGUGGGGCACAUGAACUGAGCCUUGCUGAUAGGGCCUGAUAAAGGACUUUGAAAUCCGAGCCGCUCACCUGUUGGGGCAAGACUACCUCAGGAACCGCAAGACUCUGUUUGGGGCUCUUUAUCACAAAAUCUGGUACUUUCCAGGUUAAUCUUUGAACUUCUGCGUAUAGUUUGAACCCCACCAACACUAAUUGGUGGGGAUGGGAGCUGUAAAAGAUGAUCUAGCUAUGCUAAUUUUUAAGCAAAUGUGAAAACUCGUAAAACCGAUAAGGGAUGGGUGACUUCUUCAUUUGGCGUAAUUCCCAUAUGAUUCAUUUUAAUCUAAAAUUUCUUGCAUGUUCAAAUAUUCUAUAUAGCUUUUAUGGGCUCUAGCUAAUCUCAUAAAGUCUUUAAGAGGAACCUGUCGUAAUGAUGAUGCCUGCCUAUGCAGAACUUCUGUCAGGGUGGGUGAAUGAGACGAGAUUUUUACCCCCUGGUUCAGUGGUGAACUUGUGUGUGUCUCAACCUUCUGUCUUCUGGGAGCCAGACUCCCAGCGGUGCUUUGGUGGAGUUGCACCAGGGUAGAGUGUCUGUGGGGGGGGAGGCGUUCCUGAAAGUGGCCCUGGUGUGUGUCAUCAGCGCCUUCUGAUGAUCCGGCUCCGUGGCUACUGAAGGCCUGACCCAUAUCCUUCCGUUCCCUCCACAGCAGUUGUGGAGCAGCUCCCGGGAGCCCUGCACAGUUGCAGGCACUGCAGAUACCACAGUGGAAAGUUCCUGCCCUCGUGGCUCUUCUCUUCUAGUGGUGUACUGGGUGGGGACCUGGCACUGAUGGUCGGGAUUCGUCCCCUAUCCUGAAUUCCUCUUCCAAGCCCCUGCUCAUCCCUGUCUCUUGACUUACUUCUGUGACUCUGUGUUUCUCUUGCUCUCUUAAAUGUGGCGUUGCCCAGGGUUUAGUCCUUAGGACUCUUCUAAGCACAUCUGGGCAGCUAACCACUAGGUGGGUCCUAGACCUCUAGCUCAAGCUUCUACCUCCCUGCUGACAUCCAUAUUCAUCAGUGGCUAUUUGUAGGUUUCACUAUUGUCUUGGGCUCCAAAAGCUUAGAAUGGAACCCAGCCGCCGCCUCCUCCCCUCUUCCCCUUAUAUUUUCUUUUAUUUGAAAACACCUAUAUGAACUUUCAUGGAUCCUUGAUUCCUGUUCCUUCUAGAGCCACUCAGUUGUUUUUGUCUCAUCUAGUCUAUUUCUGAAUAUGACAUCUUGCCCUCUCCUUGGUCUCCUGACCAAGUUCACAUGGUCACUGCCCUGGUUUGGCUUUUCGGGGGGGAGACGGGGUGGUGCAGUUAUCUGCCUCUCAGUUCCCUGAACUAUUAUACUUGCCACCACCAGAAUUAUCUAACAGAUCUGGCCACUUGACCUCUUGCUGAGAAAUCCUGAAUGGCUUCCUUAUGUCCUAAAGUUGAUGCAAUCAAGUUGAAUGCUUAAGUAUUCAUUGCCCUUUUCUAACUUCCUAUGCUUCCUACCGUUCUGCCACCUGCCAGGAACGAGCACUUUGCCACAGCCACAAGAAAGUCCUUUCUUUCAUGUUUUGAUAAUGCCAUGUGUUUUCAUGACAUUAGGAGGUAACUCCUCUCCCCUUAUCUCUUCAAUGAAUUUAAGACUAGGCUAGAACCCUGCUUUAUCUGUGAGCCACUGUGAGCAUAAAUGGGCUAUGGAGAUGGGAAAUGUUGAAAACAGAGUAAAUGACUUAAUGACCAAAAGAACACGGACCAAAUAAAGCAAAAGAACACGAACAUUACAUAUUAAAAAUGGUGUAGGGGCACCUGGGUGGCUCAGCAUCAUCUUGUUCUCAGCUCAGGUCUUUAUCUCAGGGUUGUGAGUUCAAAACGACUGUAAAUUGAGAGACCAAGCAUUCAGGGUAGAAAGCAAAGGUGAUAUUCUAAAAUACAAGUAGUGCUUGAUUACUACAGUGUUUACAAAUCAAAUUCUUCAUAUCCAAUGUAGAAGAUGCUGUCCCAGCCCCAAAAUAUAAAAUUCUAUCAACUA